GGAGGGAGGGAGGGAGGGAGGGGAGCAGAGGGAGACAGUCAUGUUUUCCUCUGGUCAUGAGGGGUCUCCUUCUCUAUAUAAGGCUCUGUGAGCAGCACAGGAGUUCCACAGUUUUUCUUCUCUGCUCCAGGAACAGAGCCAACAACCACCACCAGCAGCAGCAGCAGCAGCAGCAGUUGCACCAGCAGAAGUUCUCUUCCACUUGGGAAUUAUCCUGUGAUCCAUUCUCCAGAGCUGAAACAUUGCAGUAACUGGACACAAACGAGAGAGAAGCAGGUUGUGUCUGGAACUUUGAAGCCUGUCCACAGUCUGCUGCAGUUUUCAAGUCCAGAGCAGACAGCUGUAGAGACAGAAUGACCCACACCGCCAUGACCUGGCUCCAUGUCGUCUCCAUGGUGCUGCUGUGCAUCAGGGAUUCAUCCUCCCUCUUCCUGCCCGACUCCAAGGAGCUCAGGCAGCUGCUGAGCCGCUAUGAGGAGGAGGUGAGUUUGGACGGGACCAGCAACACGGGCGGCAACAGGACUCGACGAGCCAUCCGCUGGUCAGACCGUGAGGAGAUCCUCCAGCUGCACAACAAGCUGAGGGGGGGUGUCUACCCUACUGCCUCCAACAUGGAGUACAUGGUUUGGGAUGAUGAGUUGGAGCAGUCGGCUACUCACUGGGCGGAGCAAUGUCAGUGGGACCACGGACCUGAGGACUUGUUGAUGUCUAUUGGACAAAACCUGGCUGUCCACUAUGGCAGAUACCGCUCGCCCGCCUUUCACGUCCAGUCCUGGUACGAUGAGGUGAAAGACUACACUUAUCCUUACCCCCAUGAGUGCAACCCCUGGUGUCCAGAACGCUGCUCUGGGCCCAUGUGCACCCAUUACACCCAGCUGGUCUGGGCGACCACGAACCGAGUGGGCUGCGCCGUGCAUGUGUGUCCCAGGAUGAACGUGUGGGGGGAUGUAUGGGAGAACUCUGUUUACCUGGUGUGCAACUACUCCCCAAAGGGCAACUGGAUCGGAGAGGCCCCGUACCAGCAUGGACGCUCGUGUUCUCGGUGCCCUCCCAGCUACGGAGGAGGAUGCAGGAAUAACCUGUGCUACAAACAGUCCCAGCGCCCGGAGACAGAGGACAUGAACGAGGUGGAGAAGCCCCAGGUUCCAAUGCUGCCCCGUACCACAGCUAAACCUGCCCCUAAACCUAAACCGUCUGCUCCGAGGAAACCAGCAGCCAAACCCUCCACUCCAAAAACCCCGUCUUCAAAGACUCCCUCCAACACCUACUUAGCUCAACCAAUUAAAUGUGAGACCAGACUGCGAGACAAGUGCAAGGGAGCGACGUGCAAUCGGUAUCUGUGUCCAGCCAACUGCCUGAAUAAGAAAGCCAGAGUGUGGGGAACGCUCUUCUAUGAUGUGCAAUCAAGUAUUUGCCGAGCUGCUAUUCAUCUUGGUGCGAUUGAUAACAACGGAGGACUGGUGGACGUCACCAGAAUGGACAGGUUGCCAUUUUUUGUCAAAGCCACAAAGAAUGGAAUUGAGUCUCUGAGUAAAUAUAAAGCAGGAAAUGCCUUCGUAAUGACCAAAGUUGAUGAAAUGACUGCCGACUGUUACACCACUGUGGCUGAGAUCUGUCCUUUCAAGAAGCCUUACUCACACUGUCCAAGAAUUGUCUGUCCCACCAACUGUAAAUCUCAGCCUUCCUAUUGGUCUCCUGUUGUCGGGAACAACAUCUACGCGGAUAACUCCAGUAUUUGUAAAGCAGCCAUCCAUGCAGGGGUGAUCAGCCCAGAGGGAGGUUUGGUGGAUGUUCUGCCCCUGGACAAGAGAAAGAGCUACAGUGGAGUGCUGAAAAAUGGCAUCCAAUCUGAAAGCAAGAGCAACACAGAGGGAGCCGCCUUCAGGGUCUUUGCUGUGAGGGAGUGAGGCGUCAGUUCAGAGCAGACCAACACCGUGGCCUCAGCUGCUCCCACAGAGCAGGGAGAGUCCACAGUGAAGACGUUACGGCUCUUCAUCUCUUCUCUGGUGCCUUCAUCUUAAACACAACCUCCCAAAAUAUUCCGGUCAAUGCUUUUCUUUUUCCUUUUUUUCUUUUAUUUGAUAUAGUAGCACUUAGAAGAAGUAUCUGCAAAAUGUCUUUAUUGUUCGUCAUCCUUCAAAUCAAAUAUGGAUCUUUCUUAGAUGAAGUCUGUGAAAACGUGACAUUAUUUUGUACAUAUUAUAAUGUAAUUCCGUACACAGUAAACAGCUGGUGCUGCAACUAAACUAACUACAGUUAGACACGUUUUACAGGAAGUUCUAUGUUUACAUUAUUGUUUCUACCACAAAUCCAAAUACACAGGAAUGUAUACUGAUUACACUGUAUUUAAUCAUUGUGUACAUAGUACGUAGUAUUUGUUUGUUUUAACAUUUCUUUUUUCUUUAUUUCUUCUGUGUCACUUCUUUGGUCGAUGUUCGCCUCUCAACUCCUGAAAAUUUGGGCUGUGAAACUAAGUCUUGGUCUAAAUUAUUAGUAUAGGUGAAGAGUGGAGGUGGUUUGAAGGCCAGGACUCAUCAGGCAGACAUUCAAGGAAAGGAGAAAAAGAAGGUGCAGCAGAGAAGAGUGUGUCAGAGCGGACUGAGCUCAGCUGCCGUGGAGGAGAUUACGUUAUGUUGUUGCGUUGCUGAGUUUACCGUGUGGUUCAAAAUGCUAUGAUGGUUUACGACUAGCGCGGUGGAGAAGAAGAUUAAGAAGAGUGGCAAAUAUGUAUAUAAUAAUAGGCGGUUAUUCUCCACCUCAUAUUUAUUGUCGUUUUUGAUGCGUGCUCUUUUAUUUUUCUGGCUUCUUUAGGACUUUUUGCACUUGGCAUCAGAAAGCCGUUGCUUCUCACCGUACUACUUUUUUUAACAUUUGAGAAUGAAAUAAAUCCAGUCGAAACUUUCUGGUAAACGGAGAGUAACAUCCAAUUGCGAUUGAAUACGUGUGGGUAACCUCUCUUAGCUCAUCCACAGUAAGACAGAGUAGCACAGCGGUCCAUUCUUUUGGCAGCUGUCUUCUGAGGUCGCCUGAGUCAAUCAUUAGUCUCCAGAAAUCAGAAACCUCUCUGGACGUCACUCAUUCACUCAUGUAUUGUCGCGUAUUAAAAUGAUCGACUCAUCCCCGCCCCACCAGACAAAUGAAUGUGUAAAUGUCUUCAGAUCAGAGGUGUUAUUUUUUUAUUGUGUGUAUAUAAAUUUCAAGGCCGUAACUGUAGGAAUGUGAAUGUGUCGUCAUUAGCAGAACAAAGUACACAACCACACACAAAACUGUCAGUGGACAAAAUAACCGCUUUCUCACACAAAGAAGUAUUUUUCAUAGUUUUUUAUCCCUCGGUGCAGAGUGAAGUUCAGUGAUGAUCUAAAAAACCUUUAGCCUCUGUUUGUUGUCUUCAAAAUGAAGAACGGAGACAAACAACUAACUUCAAAUUCUUUCUUCUUCAAGCAUUUCCAUGUAUCUCUCUAUUCUACCUCAGCCCUGUUGCUGUGCUAUAGGCAUUUAAGGCUUUUUUCAGUAAGGGAUUUUUUAUUGUGGCAAAUGUUGAUAGUUUUAAUGGAACUGUACAUAAUGAUUUGUUGUUUUUUUUUAAAUCAUUUAAUUAGAGGUAGAAUGAUAAAUGAAAUAUAUGUAAGUUUAUUUCUGUGGCACGAAAUCUUUUUAUACAGGUGUUGGGUUUUAUGUUAUUGGCCGUAACUUGUUAAUAAAGUUUGUAUUACAAAUAUA